UGGCCACGCCCCCUUGCCCGCCCCAGGCCACGCCCCCAAGCGUCUGGCUAGGAGCGCGGAGGAGACGCCGAGCGGGUGCCCCUGAGCAUGUGCAGAGUGCAUCGCCACAAACAGCAAAGUCGUGCAUGUGGCGCCUUUCGAAUCCGGGACUCGAGGGCUCGAACACGCAGCUCUUGGGAAGCCCAUAGCGCUGCCCUGAUCCGCCGCCGCCAUGGCUUCCGGGGGAGAAGGUCUGGACGACAUUUCUCCGGACUGGGCGGGGGCCAGCCUGGUGGACCUGACCUCUCCCGAGCUGGCGAAAUCCAACACCUCCACGCUGGACAGCGGGGAGGAUUUCGAAGUCCUGGAUAACGACGAGGAGGAAGAGGAAGGGCGAGACGAGGACCUGAUCGGCCUGCCUCCGCUGGAGGACGUGCCCAGAAACGACGGCCGAGAGACGGCCGCCUCGCAGCCCCCUGCUCCGGAAGACGCGGAGGAGACCCCCGAGUGGGUGGAUGUGUUAGGGAGCGGUUUGCUGAAAAAGAAAGUCAUCGUCGCAGGUCAGGGACCGGAGACCCGGCCGGUUAAGAGCCAGGAUGUCACCGUCCGCCUUAAGACCAUGCUGCAGGGCGGCACGGUGGUCGAGGAGAACCCCAGCCUCACCUUCACGCUGGGGGACUGCGAUGUCAUCCAGGCCCUGGACCUCUGCAUACAGCUAAUGGAGAUGGGAGAGACAGCGCUCAUCAUCUCAGACGCAAAGUACUGCUUCGGCCGGCAAGGGAGGAGUCCGGACAUCCCCCCUGACUCAUCUCUGGAACUUGAAGUGGAGCUUCUAUCGGCCCAGGAUGCCCCCGACCUGGAACUCCUAAGUGGGAAGGAGAAGAUUGAGCUGGCGAACCGGAAGAGAGAGCGUGGCAACUUCCACUACCAGCGGGCAGACUACGUUCUGGCUAUCAACUCCUACGACAUUGCGCUGAAGAUUAUCGGCUCCAGUUCAAAAGUGGACUUUACCCAGGAGGAGGAGGAGGCGUUAGUGGACGUCAAGAUGAAGUGCCUGAACAAUUUAGCCGCCUCUCAGCUCAAGUUGGACCACUACGAUGCGGCCCUGCGAUCCUGCAACCAAGUCCUGGAACAGCAGCCGGACAACAUCAAAGCCCUUUUUCGGAAGGGGAAGGUCCUGGCACAGCAAGGCGAAUACAAAGAGGCCAUUCCCAUCUUGAAAGCCGCCUUGAAGCUGGAGCCAUCAAAUAAGACCAUCCACACGGAGCUCUCGAAGCUGGCGAAAAAGCACGCCGACCAGAAGUGCGUGGAGACGGAGAUGUACCGCAAGAUGCUGGGCAACCCCAGCGGACCUACCGCCAAGUGCAAAGACAAGUCAUCGCGGUCCAUUCCGUGGAAGUGGCUCUUUGGCGCAACAGCCGUGGCGCUGGGGGGCGUGGCCUUGUCGGUUGUCAUCGCAGCCAGGAACUAGCGCCAUCUGCUGGCAGGGACGGCGAGGAGCCCAAGCGGAAAACCAGCCCCUCUUUCCUCCAUCCCUUCUCCCCACCACGGCACCCCCAUCCCACCCCCACUCCGGCUCUCCUCGACAGACGCACACGCCGCUCUGGACUGUAGGGUGGCAGCUGGGGUGGGGGGGCGGGGCUUGGCCCCUCCCCUCCCAGAGGCUCCGCCCACCCUCCUCUUAGUUGCGAGAUGCAACAGACCCCUUUGCAGUGGGGCUGGCGGGGAACCGGAGAGAUCCGUGGGGCAGUGUGGUGGUGGUGGUGGAGAGGUUCAGCGCCAUCUCUCUCUCACUGCAGAGACUGGAAUUCGCAGGAUCUCAAAGGGACCCGGACUUGUGGGUAUCUUUUUGCGGGGGGGGGGGGGGGGCGGGACUUGGAUUUCACUGGAAGUUCUGAUCAAUCCUUUUUUGAGGGCCCCUUUCGGCGGUUCCUGGUUUCUGUCGGGAGGCGCGUGGCGGGCAGAGCUUGUGCAGCCAAGUGUGUGGGGGGUCUCUUAGGGUCCUGUGGAGAAGAGGGGGAGCUGGUGGGUUGCUGCGGAGGACGGGGGGGGGUACAGAAAUGGACCUCCGCAGCGAGACAGGGGCAGGUGGGUUGUCUCUUCGCUUUGGUCCGGCCGCGUGGAACCGUGGGGACUGUUUAGGGCCGUGCAGGGAACCGUGGGAGCUCUAGCUGUACUGAUUCUGACCCACAAAGUGAGCGCCAAUGAAACUCAGCACACUUUUGGGGGGCAUGCAGUGGGUUGAGUGGGGAGAAGAGAGUGGAGAUGAGGACGGGUGGGUGUUUCCCCCCAAAUCCCCCCCUCUGGAGGCUGAACGAAGGGGCAGAGAGGCCCCCUUUUGAAUCCCCCCUUCUGAAUUCCCCCCAUGACUCCUUCGCCCCCAUCCCAGAGCCUUAUGACGGCAUUCUUGGGUCCCCCACCCCAGCACCCACUGGUCUGGCCUUCCCCAGGACAUGUCCCGCCCGUGGCCCAGGCAGGGCACUCUCGUUUAUUAAUUAUUAUCAUUAUUUUGACCGCUGUCAGGUUCUAAACUGUGAAUACCACCACUGCCCCACAAAUUCUCUAAUAAAAGAAAUCUGUCAGCAGCGGA